AUGACGAGCGCUACUCUGUGCACCAGGACAUUCCAAUGUCAUGGAGAAAACGACUUUUUUGACUCGGUGCAGAGAUUUUGGCAGCAGGAAGAAGUGACUCCGCCAGCACCUCCGCUUUCUUCCGAUGAACGCGAGGCUCUGAAACUUAUUACGUUUGAACGCAUCGCCGCGACGCUAGCGGACGUGGACGACAUCCUUAUGGGCGCUUCUUCCCUCGACAAAGCCAGAGAUCUUCAAGAGCAACUGUCAAGGUUAUGCAUGGCGGGCGAAUUUCCUCUCCGAAAGUGGUCGGCCAAUAGUCCCAGCCUGAUUGCCGAUAUUCCAUCGGAAUACCAGACGCAUGGCACCCUGAGUAUGGACUUCUCAUUCUCCACCGGUUCCAGACCUUUUUACAAAGCGCUUCAAGGCGUUGGCUGGGAUUUUCAACUGAAUGAGACCAGCACACAACUCUGGCAAGAAUUCCAGUCUGAUUUGCAGAAGCUAGAGGAAAUCCGUGUUCCACGAUAUUUACCGAUUAGAGUUCUGGAUACCAUGAUCAGGUUUUAUGGAUUCGCGGACGCGUCCGAGCAGGCAUAUGUUGCAAUCAUUUAUAUGCGAAUUCACACCUGCGGAGAAAAGGCAGAAACUCUGGACUCAAGGAUACUCCGCUCCACUUAUAAUCAGAUUCUACUGUCGCGUUAUGUUGAAUCCACGGGCACCCCUCGCGAUGGAAGACGUACGUGGCAAACAGGGUUUCCAAAAUUCAAACCAUCCUGCCGGAGGCUCAAUGGCAUCAUCUUCCAGAGUCAAGCAAUCGCGGACUAUGCAUUUUGCGGUGUAUUUCUGGGCGAACUGAUCGCUCACUCACUUUGGUGGCAAGGAUCUCCCUGCGGGAGGGCGCCGUCCGUCGUCGAGACGGACGACAAAGUUCCGAAGAGUAACGAGCGAAGACGCACACCAUCAGGACAUCGCAACUUCCUAAAUCCGAAUCCAAGGAACUCACCCUAUUCUCCUCAUGAAACCGGCUGCUUCGGGUUACAGCCUGGUGUAGACGGUGGCAGCAGUUCAUCGCGAGGGAGCCUCCAGCUGCAGCAAAUGACCGGUCUAGUCUGGCGAACGCUCUUACGGCUUCCCAGUACAAAAAUGCUCGUCUGGAUCCGUAAAAUGCAGGCUGAAAAAUUUGAGUCCAAGGCAUCCUCAAUAUCGGAGGGCGAAUCAAACAUGCUCUGCUGGCGCACAAUAAGAAACAUCCAGCAAUCCUGCCUAGCUCUUCUCACCUCACUUUGCUCAUCAUCGAAUCCUGCUACCGACGGACGCUCCAUGAUGGAGCUCACUUUGGAAUGGAGCUCACAGGAUGGAACCAUUCGGCAGCAAUACUGGAUUCUGCAGGGACGACGCAUGGUGAAGGCCAUUCAGCGGUGCGUUACCUGCGUGCGUUGGCGGACGGCCACUCCUUAUCAAAUCAUGGGCAACCUGCCGAGGUCUCGAGUGGUUCCAGCUAAGCCAUUUUUCCAUACAGGAGUGGAUUAUGCCGGCCCCAUUUAG